GUUAUUUUAUGUAUUUCUGGUUAAAUAUAAUGUAACAAGCUUCAACCUUCAAGUAUCUAUUUAUUUCUUAGCAAGUUAUUAACACUAAACCUGACGUAUGAUAAAAAUUUGCUGGCGAAAACUGACAAAUCAAUUUAAUUACCAAAAACUGUUGUUGUUUGCUAUUCGGCCAGGAUGCCAAAGGAUAAAUCGAAUUCGGAAUACAUGCCUGAAAGGAUCAGGAAACUUGAAACUCGUGUUGGAGAAAAUGAGUUUGAUGUUGAAGCUUGGAAUGGUUUGAUACGUGAGGCUCAGACCCAGCCUAUUGAUAAGGGCAGAACAACUUUUGAACGUUUAAUUUCACAAUUUCCAACAACUGGCAGAUAUUGGCGAAUUUAUAUAGAGCAAGAGAUGAAGUCUCGGAACUACGAAAAAGUUGAAAAGCUUUUCCAGCGUUGUCUGAUGAGAGUUUUGAGUAUUGAUUUGUGGAAAUGUUACUUGACCUAUGUUAGAGAAACCAAAAGCGGCCUUUCUUCAUACCGUGAAAAAAUGGCGCAAGCAUAUGAUUUUGCUCUCGAGAAAAUCGGAAUGGAUAUUAUGUCAUAUCAGAUCUGGGCAGAUUACAUUGCGUUUCUCAAAGCUGUUGAGGCUGUCGGUUCCUAUGCUGAAAAUCAACGAAUUACAGCAGUUCGACGAGUUUAUCAACGCGGAUGUGUUAACCCAAUGAUAAACAUUGAACAACUGUGGAGAGAAUAUUCACAAUAUGAACAGGGCAUUAAUCCAAUAAUUGCAAAGAAAAUGUUGGAUGAUCGAACACGUGAAUAUGUCAAUGCACGCCGGGUUUCAAAGGAAUUAGAAGCCACGACGCGUAGUUUGCAGCGUCACAACCCAGCAACCCCUCCCUGUGGUUCAGUAGAAGAAGCAAAACAGGUUUUGGUUUGGAAAAAAUACAUUGAUUGGGAGAAGUCAAAUCCUUUGAGAUCUGAAAGUUUAACUGUUAUUUCAAAGAGAGUAAUGUUUGCUUAUGAGCAAUGCUUGCUAUGUCUUGGCCACCACCCUGAUGUUUGGUAUGAAGCUGCACAGUAUUUGUCAAGUACAAGCAAACUUAUGCAAGAAAAAGGAGACACCAAUAGCAGCAAAAUCUUAUCGGAUGAAGCUUCUUCACUUUAUGAGCGAGCUAUAUCGAGUUUAAUGAAGUCAAAUACUCUCAUUCACUUUGCAUAUGCUGAUUUUGAAGAGGGUAGAAUGAAACACGACAAAGUACACACAAUUUAUCAGAGAUUACUUGACAUCAAAGAUUGUGAUCAAACUUUGACAUACAUACAGUACAUGAAAUUCACAAGACGUGCUGAAGGCAUUAAAGCUGCUAGGUUGGUGUUUAAAAAAGCAAGGGAGGAUACAAGAAUUCGAUUCCAUGUAUUUGUAGCUGCUGCUUUGAUGGAAUAUUAUUGUACUAAGGACAAGCAAAUUGCUUUCAAAAUAUUUGAGCUUGGGUUAAAGCGCUUUGGUCAUGAACCUGAUUACCUGCUUGCAUAUAUUGACUACAUGUCACAUCUCAAUGAGGACAACAACACACGGGUUUUGUUUGAAAGGGUUCUGACGUCAACUAGUUUAUCACCAGACAAAUCUGGGACUAUCUGGGAUAAGUACUUGGAGUUCGAAUGUAAUGUUGGGGAUUUAUCUUCAUUGCUGAAGGUAGAAAACAGGAGACUGGAAGCUUUCAAAGCUGAUUAUGAAGGAAAAUCAACCUGCAUGCUGAUUGACAGAUACCGUUUCUUAGAUUUGUAUCCUUGUGCUCCUGAAAUAUUACGUGCUCUCGGAUAUAAAGACACAAGAACUCCAAAUAAGACAACGACCACGAUGAUGAAUCCAACAUCCUCAUCCAUGGAUGCAGGAGCUAAAUCUUCCAUGGAUGAUGCUGGGAAGAAGAAAGUGGGAUUCGCGAUGCCGGAUUUAUCACAAAUGAUUCCUUAUAAGCCAAGACGUCGACCACUUCCAGGCUCACACCCUGUGCCAGGAGGAGAUUUUCCGUUUCCAGGAGCAGCAACAAUAUUGUUAAAGAACAUGCCGCCUCCAAGGUCCUUCCAUGGUCCCUUUGUCAAAGUUGAUGAUUUGAUGGACAAGUUUGCUGACUGCUCAUUACCAAGCGAGGAGGAUUGGUUAAAACAAGUGAACAGUGGAGGAGAGGGACACACGUUCUCAGUGUCGGGAGCAACGAGUGGAGUUCGGUAUGCCGGAGUCAAACGUUCAUCUUCAAGAGGAGAUUCAGAUGAUGAAAUGUCUGCAUCCAGAUCUGCUGCUCCUCCAGCUCAUGAUAUUUACAGAGCUCGUCAGCAGAAGCGAGUGAAGUGAUGCUUGGAGGUUGAUCCAGAAAAAAGUUGUUGUUCCUAAACGAGUGAUUCUUUUCCUGUGAAAACUAGAUCUGUGCAUCAUGUAUGUUCAUGUGAUUUUACUGCCUUUCUUUAUUGAAAACCGAUGUGUGCGCUGCGCUCUCCCGGACUGUUUCCACGAACAGGGAUGUUGUUGCAAUUAAAAUGUAUAAAUAUUCCCACAACAUAAAGCAGUUGUUAUGUUUUUCGUCAAAAUUUAAAAACUUGGUGCUGGUUA